GCGUCAUUCACCGGCAGCGCGAGACACACAGAAGGAUGAAUAAAGUGAUUAUAAACACAGCGGUCGCGUCCGUUUAACGCAUUUACUGUUAGGUCAUGAUUUUUUAUUGAGAUCGAGACUCACUUUAGUCACAAUCAUCGCCUCAGGAAGCAGAAGAGCGCGGAAUAUCGAUCAGUGAUAGGGUAUUGAUCAUCAUGCCGCCCGUCGAGAAUGACGCGGGUCGCGAGCUGAUCAAAUCUAAAAUCAAAGAGCUAAUCGAUUCCAGUCAGGUGCUGGUGUUUAGUAAGAGCUUCUGUCCAUACUGCGUGAAGGUGAAGGAACUGUUUAAAGAGCUGAAUGUAAAAUGUCAUACUAUAGAGCUGGACCAGAUGGAGGAUGGGUCCAACUACCAGGACUUACUACAUGAGAUGACAGGGCAGAAAACAGUCCCCAAUGUUUUCAUCAACAAGCAGCAUAUCGGAGGCUGUGACAACACCAUGAAGGCACACAGAGAUGGCAUUCUGCAACAGCUGUUGGGUGAUGGGAGUGAGGUGUACGACUACGAUCUCAUCGUCAUUGGAGGCGGAUCUGGAGGGUUGGCUUGCUCAAAGGAAGCAGCUGUUUUGGGGAAGAAGGUCAUGGUUCUGGAUUUUGUCGUUCCCACGCCCAAGGGCACAACCUGGGGUCUGGGUGGUACGUGUGUGAACGUGGGCUGUAUUCCUAAGAAACUGAUGCAUCAGACGGCCUUGCUGGGAACAGCCAUGCAGGACGCUCGCAAGUUUGGCUGGGAAUUCGGUGAACAAGUGACUCACAACUGGGAGACAAUGAAGACAGCAGUGAAUAACUACAUCGGUUCAUUGAACUGGGGCUACAGAGUUUCCUUGCGAGACAAGAAUGUUAAUUACGUCAAUGCUUAUGCUGAGUUUGUGGAGCCGCACAAGAUCAAGGUGAGAAACAAGCGUAAUAAAGAGACGUUCUACACAGCAGCCAAGUUUGUUCUGGCGACAGGCGAGAGACCUCGUUACCUGGGCAUCCCAGGAGACAAAGAAUACUGCAUAACCAGUGAUGACCUGUUUUCAUUACCCUACUGUCCCGGGAAGACUCUGGUGGUCGGGGCGUCGUAUGUGGCUCUGGAGUGUGGGGGGUUCCUGGCCGGUUUGGGUCUCGAGGUCACCGUCAUGGUUCGCUCCAUUCUGCUGCGUGGCUUUGAUCAGGACAUGGCCAAUCGCGCAGGAGAUUACAUGGAGAUGCACGGGGUCAAAUUCCUCAGGAAGUUCGUUCCUGUCAAGGUAGAGGAGCUGGAAGCUGGAACUCCAGGUCGACUGAAGGUGACCGCCAAAUCCACAGAGAGCGAUGAGAUCUUUGAAGAAGAAUACAACACUGUGUUGAUCGCAGUUGGUCGUGAUGCCUGUACAGGAAAGAUCGGUCUGGAUAAGGCUGGAGUUAAAGUCAAUGCAAAGAAUGGAAAGAUCCCAGUGAAUGAUGAGGAGCAGACAAAUGUUCCUCACAUCUAUGCCAUUGGUGACAUUCUAGAGGGGAAGUGGGAGCUCACGCCUGUGGCCAUACAGGCCGGAAGACUGCUGGCUCGCCGACUGUUCGCUGGAUCCUCUGUGAAGUGCGACUAUGUGAACGUUCCCACCACCGUCUUCACUCCUAUGGAAUACGGCAGCUGUGGUUAUGCCGAGGAGAAAGCCAUUGAAAUCUACGGACAGGAGAACAUCGAGGUGUAUCACAGUCUGUUCUGGCCUCUGGAAUUCACCGUUCCCAGCCGGGACAACAACAGGUGCUACGCCAAGAUCAUCUGCAAUAAACUUGACAACGACCGUGUGAUUGGCUUUCACUAUCUGGGUCCUAAUGCUGGAGAAGUGACCCAGGGCUUCGGAGCAGCCAUGAAAUGUGGAAUUACCAAAGAUCAGCUGGACAACACCAUUGGGAUACACCCAACCUGUGCUGAGAUCUUCACCACUAUGGAGGUCACCAAGAGCUCUGGCGGUGACAUCACUCAGGCGGGCUGCUGAGGUUAAACCCUGCUCGUUUAACAGGCUGUCGGUACUAGUUUAAACUGCACAAUGCUAGUUUAUUCUGGUGAUUUAUCCCUCCUUUCAGCAUACAAUCACUCAAGUCUCUGUCUAGUAAUCUCAGGUCAUCGAAAUGCAUCAAAGAGAAUAAUAAGAUCUUUCUUGCGACAGAAAGGCUAUCAUGCUUUAUUGUUUUUUCCUGUGUACUCAAGCCUUUAGAAACCAUCCAAGUCUAUUUCCACAUGUUCUGGAAGGGUCAGCAAGGGGUUUAGUAAGGGUGGUGUCUGGGGGAAAACAAAAAGACACAAUAGCCCAUCAGAGGCGGGGCUUUGCUUGCCCUAGAGACCAAUGAUUAGGUGAGAUGAUGAUUUACAGCCUGUUAGACAGCGGGGUUAUUCUGCUCAAACUCAUUGUCAAAGUCAGAAAUGCACCAAUUAGUGUUGUUUCACUUGUUUUCUUAAUGUCACAUAUACAAACUUAUACGCACACACUUGGUGCUCUGUGAUGUUUUAACCCAUAAGCCACGUUUAGUGGUGGGCUAGGACUGAUGUUUUUCUGUACUUUGACUUUAAAGAGGUAAAUACACAGCUUCAGGAAUGCACCUGGACUUGAUUCUUCAACUCUGGUUGCUUGCUUUCAUUUAAUUUGUUUUGGUUGGUUGUAUUUUUCUAUAUUUAAUAGAUCAGACCACAUGGGUUUGUCAUCAGUUGCCCGGCACGGCAACAACAUUCCUCUCUACGGUUAUAGUAAGAUUAAGAUCUUAUUAUUUUCCAAUUUAGUGGUUGAGGAAUUAAGAGAAAUGAACUGAAGUGCAAACCAAAUGCCUCAUGUAGAUGCUUUUCUCCUAAAGGUAUUUAACGAUAUAAUGGCCUGUCUCUAAAAUCUAAACGCAAACUUGUUUGUAGUUUGUGAUGCCUAACGAAGCACUUAGAAGUAUCAAUAAGAUUUAUGUUCAUAUUUUUAUAUAUAUAUGUUUGCAUCAUUACUGGAUUUAAUGUUUCUGUUAGGAAAUUUCACUCAAAUAUAAAUGCAUUUUUGUUUGUAUUUGUUUGAUAUUUGCUGUUUAUUUGCUUACUGGAUUAUGUCGUUUCAUCUCAGAAUUUUUUUUCUCCUUUUUGCUUUCUAACGAUUAUCUUUAAAGGACAAAGUUCAUACUGAUAUUUAUGUUGCUCAGCAACAACUCAUUGAAUGUACAAACGUUUCUAUGUUACCGCUGUUUAAUUCAUUCUGUUCAAGAACUUUAUAAAACUAUGUACACAACCUCAGUCACAGGUGUUUCUUUUAAAAAUAAAGUGCACAUAAAUGCUUAACAAGGGUUCAGAUACCUUAAUCUUACAAUCUGAUAUGCUGAACUCCAUCUAAAACCAUUUAAGAUGCCUAGUUUGAUACAGUUGAAGUCAGAAGUUUACAUACACCUUAGCAAAAUACAUUUAAACUCAGUUUUUCACAAUUCCUGACAUUUAAUCGUAGAAACAUUCCCUGUCUUAGGUCUGUUAGGAUCACUAUUUUAAGAAUGUGAAAUGUCAGAAUAAUAGAGAGAAUGAUUUAUUUCAGCUUUAUUCCUUUCAUCACAUUCCCAGUGGGUCAGAAGUUUACAUACACUUUGUUAGUCUUUGGUAGCAGUGCCUUUAAAUUGUUUAACUUGGGUCAACAUUUUGGGUAGCCUUCCACAAGCUUCUCACAAUAAGUUGCUGGAAUUUUGGCCCAUUCCUCCAGACAACUGGUGUAACUGAGUCAGGUUUGUAGGCCUCCUUGCUCGCACAUGCUUUUUCAGUUCUUCCCACAAAUUUUCUAUCUGAUUGAGUUCAAGGCUUUGUGAUGGCCACUCCAAUACCUUGACUUUUGUCCUUGAGCCAUUUUGCCACAACUUGCUUGGGGUCAUGGUCGCAAAUGGGUCUUCCAAAUAGACAGAGCUUUAACUUUCUGGCUGAUGUCUUGAGAUGUUGCUUCAAUAUAUCCACAUUAUUUUCUUUCCUCAUGUUGCCAUCUAUUUUGUGAAGUGCACCAGUACCUCCUGCAGCAAAGCACCCCCACAACAUGAUGCUGCCACCCCCAUGCUUCACAGUUGGGAUGGUUGCUUCAGCUUGCAAGUCUCACCCUUUUUCCUCCAAACAUAACGAUGGUCAUUAUGGCCAAACAGUUACAUUUUUGUUUCAUUAGACCACCGGACAUUUCAUCCAGAAAGUAAGAUCUUUGUCCCCAUGUGCACUUGAAAACUGUAGUCUGGCUUUUUUUAUGCCGGUUUUGGAGCAGUGGCUUCUUCCUUGCGGAGCAGCCUUUCAUGUUAUGUCAAUGUAGGACUCAUUUUACUGUGGAUAUAGAUACUUGUCUACCUGAUUCCUCCAGCAUUUACAAGGUCCAUUGCUGUUGUUCUGGGAUUGAUUUGCACAUUUCUCACCAAACUGUGUUCAUCUCUAGAAGACGGAAUGGUCUCCUGAGCGGUAUGAUGGCUGCGUGGUCCCAUGGGGUUUAUACAUGCGUAAUGUUGUUUGUACAGAUGAACGUGGUACCUUCAGGUGUUUGGAAAUUGCUCCCAAGGAUGAACCAGACCUGUGGAGGUCCACGUUUUUUUUUUUUUUUUUUUACUUGGCUGAUUUAUUUGGAUUUUCCCAUGAUAUCAAGAAAAGAGGCACUGAGUUUGAAGGUAGGCCUUAAAAUACAUCCACAAGUACACCUCCAAUUCAGUACACCUCCUGUCAGAAGAUAACUGGCUAAUUGUCUAAAGGCUUGACAUCAUUUUCUGGAAUAUUCCAAGCUGCUUAAAGGCCCAGUUGACUUAGUGUAUGUAAAUGUCUGACCCACUGGAACUGUGAUAUAGUCAGUUAAAAGUGAAACAAUCUGUCUGUAAACAAUUGUUGGAAAAAGUACUCGUGUCAUGCACGAAGCAGAUGUCCUAAACGACUUGCCAAAUCUAUAGUUUGCUAAUAUUAAAUCUGUGGAGUGCUUAAAAAAUUAGUUUUAAUGAUUUCAGCCUAAGUGUAUGUAAACUUCUGACUUCAGCUGUAUGUAAAUAAGCAUAUGCAAAGCAGCAUAUAAUUAAUUAAAACAAUAUCAUUUUU